AUGAUGAGCAUUGAUGGUAAAACAAAAGAUUCUUUAAAUGCUCGUCUUGAUCUUCAAGAAAUGGGUAUAAGACACAGGUAUCAUCCAGAAGAAGGAGAUAAUGGUAAGCUCUAUUUUAUCCCAGGCGAUUAUACAUUGUCAAAUGAUGAUAACAAAGCUUUAUGUCAAUGGUUAAUGGAGUUGAAAGUUCCAGAUGGGUACUCUGGAAAUUUAUCUCGAUGUGUGAAUACUUCAGAGCGUAAUAUUUCUGGUAUGAAAACUCAUGAUUGUCAUGUGUUCUUAGAGAGAUUACUUCCGUUUGUGGCGCGAGAUUUAUUGCCCAAAGAUGUAAGUGAGCCUUUAAUUGAAUUAUCGUACUUUUUCAAGGAAUUGUGUGCUAAAGUUUUAAGAGAAGAUGACUUGAAUCUUCUUGACAAACAAAUUGCCAUAACUCUAUGCAAGUUGGAAAAAAUAUUCCCUCCUGCUUUUUUUGACAUCAUGAUUCACCUAACUUGCCACUUGGCAUGGGAGGCAAAAGUGGCCGGUCCAGUACAAUUCAGGUGGAUGUAUCCUGUGGAAAGGUAUUUGCAUAAGCUAAAGACUUAUGUUCGUAAUAAGGCUCAUCCAGAAGGGUCUAUUGCCGAAGGUGUCUUGGGAGAUGAGUGUUUAAUAUUUUGCUCUCGCUAUUUGCAUCGAGUUGAAACUAAGUUUAAUAAAAGAGAUAGAAAUGACGAUGGAGGUCAACCGUCAUAUGAUGCAUCUCCGUUAUCUAUUUUCUCAACACCUGGUCGAGCUUUUGGGAAAGGUGUACUUAGAGAGAUGAGCAUCGAACUUCAUAAGGCUGCCACUCAUUAUGUCCUGCAAAAUUGUGAUGAAGCUUUUCCAUUUGUCCAAGAACAUAAGAACGUUCUAAUCCAGUCUAGUGUUGAUAAUGUGGAGGAGUCACAUAGGCUUCAAUUUUCAAACUGGAUUUCUAAAAGGGUCACAGAACUAUACAACGAUGGUAAAGUUAGUAAGCAAAUGCUUUCUUUGGCUCGAGGUCCUGAAAGGCGACGUGAUGAGAAUAAAAAAACACAAAAUAGUGGAGUUAUGGUUAAGGGGGAGAAUCAGAUUGACGAUGUGCCUUGGUAUGGAACCUUAGUAGAUAUUGUUGAACUCCGUUACACAGAAGGAAAUAGAGUUGUAUUGUUCAAUUGUGAUUGGUAUGACAUGGCACGAAAAGGAACAGGUUACAAGAUAGAUCGUUAUGGAAUAAUCACUGUUAAUACAACACGCAAGCUAAAUACUCAAGAGCCAUUCGUACUAGCAAGCCAAGCAACCCAAGUUUUUUAUGUGAAGGGGGUUAGAAAUAAAAUUUGGAGUUUUGUCGUGGAAACAAAUCCAAGAAAUGCUUAUGAGACGACUAAUGAUGAGAUUGAGCCAUACCAAGAAGCAGAGACUCAAAUUCAAAGCAUGCAUGCCAUCCAAAAUGAUGUUGAAGACAAUGAAAUUGAUUGA